AUAAAUUCUUUGCUCUUAUACAUCGUUCUUCCUUAUUUAAAAUAUAUAAACCAUAUGCAGAAGUGAAUUUAAGGCUUUAAAACCUGAACCCGAUGCCCCAGUUGGCAACCCUGCAAAUAUACCUCUCAGUCUCAUCCAAGGACUGUUUACGUUUUCCUUAUUAUGUAUCAGUGUGCGCUCUAGAGUUUCCCCACAAUAAAUUAUCGUUCAGUUAAAAAUAAACAGCAAAUUGAACGUCCGUAUAGUCAUAAAACGCUCCGAGGGACUCCGUUAAACCCGCCGAUUUAGUGCAUCAAAAUGGUGUCAGGAGGCAUGAGCUGCGUUAAAUACCUCCUCUUCUGUUUCAACUUGUUGUUUGCCAUCUCCGGCCUGGCCAUCCUUGUGCUGGGCAUCAUAACCUACGUACGCAUCUACAUAGAAUAUUCCUCGUUCGUGUACCCCAUCUACGGGUCUAUACUGAUAGCCCUAAUAGUUGUCGGGGUGGCAAUUUUCCUGGUGUCAUUCUUCGGGUGCUGCGGCGCCCUUAAGGAGAACCACUGUAUGAUCAUUACGUUUUCAGUGUUACUAAGCAUCAUAAUGGUUGCCGAACUAACGGUCGGGGUCAUUAGUUUCAUUAAAAGGAACGAGGUGGGGACCAUGCUCGAUAAACAGUUGAAUUCCACCCUGUACGAGUAUUAUUCCAAGGGAGGCCCUGGGGAAACCUGGGAUAUUGCUCAGCAUGAGCUCAACUGUUGUGGGAUCCGCGGUCCUUCCGACUGGCAAAAGGUGAAUCCGAACGGCACUUUGCCGCACACCUGUUGCCCCAACGCCAACCAAGAGGACGUGUGCAAAAUCAACACGGACAACUAUACGGAUUCGUGUUACGAGAAGUUGACGCAAUUGUUCGUCCAGUAUGCCUUGGUCAUCGGCGUUGUCGGAUUGUGCAUUGCCGCUUUCGAGAUAUUAGGGGUGAUGUUCGCAUGCGCGCUCGCCAUGCACAUCCGUAAAGAGUACGAGACGGUUUAAGGAGUUUAUGUUUUUUUUAUUUUUUUAUUUAAGACUGAAUUUAAGUUAAUUAACGGUUCGUCCAUUUUGCAGUAUAUUGUGUAGCUAGUCGAAGUUUCUUUUUUUGAAUGACUCAAUUUUUUUGAAAAAUGUUAGGUUACGGUGUUCUCUCUCUUCCUCACAGACUGAUUUGUCACCUUUCACUAUAUAUGCCAAAUAUAAAUUAAUCAAACUCGA